AAUUAAGGUAAAAUCAAGGGAAAACUGAUAUGCUUAUUAAUACAAUGAAAUUAAGAUCCUACUGUGCUAGACGAAGAUGGCAAAGGUGUGGAACAGGGGUGAGAGCUCUGAAACGAAUGUCAGGAAUGGUCAAGCGUCGCUCCUUGGAUUCUGAUGAUGAAGGAAAUCAACCAACUGGUAGUAGUCUGUCUCUGUACAGUUCUACAGAUAGUUUAACCAGGGAGAGUCUGGAUUUGACACUGGUGGAGAAUAAUAUUGACGAGGAAAAUACCGAUGAUGAAGAUAUUUACCAAAACAAUGAUGAUGAAGUUUUCUUACCUGGAGAUUCCGACGCGGUAGAUUUCAACCUAAAUGAUGGUAUUAAACCUACAGCUCGUUCCAGGCAGGUUCAUUGGAGAACACGUGAUAGCUUUAUAUCUGCACAAAACUACAGUAUAAACCACAGUCUAGAGUCUACAGUAGAAAAUGAGGAAGAAUUAAGAAUUAGUUCAAAAUCUGAAAAUAAAUCAAAUAAAGAGAUGGAAGAUGGGGAGGAGGAGGAGGAGGAGGAGGAAGAAGAUGAGGAAGACCAUGAUGAUGAUGAAAAGGAUAAGGAAGAAGAGUGUAAAGAGGAGGCAGCUAAAAUAGAGAAUCCGGAGGAGAAGGUGAAUGAAGAGAAACAGGAUAUUAAGGGAGAAAAUGAAGAAGAGGAGAAUAAUAAGGAGAAGAAGGAUAAGAAGGAGAAUGAAGAGAAACAGGAGAUUGAGGAAGAAGGGGAGAAUAACGAGGAAAAUGAGGAAAAGCUGGAUAGUUUCCCAACUCUAUUUAGACCUAUGGAAUCUAUAUCUCGGCGAAUGUAUUCUGGAUCUACAACAAGACCUUUAGCUGGAACAGUUUCUAAUAGAAUAAACCUAUUCCAAAGUCCAUCUGAUGUCUCUCCAAAGACUGACGGACUCCUGAAACCCCCUUCUCCAGGGACUCCAGGAAAACUAACCUACAGAAAAUCCAUGAAAACCCGACCCAGAAAUGUUAAACUUUUGGCAGAGAAAUUUGGAGGAAAGUAGUGUUUAUUUAUUGAUAUGUACAGUAGCUAUUUAUUGAUAUGUACAGUAGCUAUUUAUUGAUAUGUACAGUAGCUAUUUAUUGAUAUGUACAGUAGCUAUUUUAUGAAAAUAAUACAGUUUUUAGCUUUGUCUUAUA